GUGAUGAUGUGAUUAUUCUUUCUGAUCUGCCUCAGUAUGUCAAGAAUACAUUUUCGAUAUUACGUUCAAUCUGUCACUUGUGAAGUCUAAUAUUCCAUUCAAAAUUGGAAGAUGUGGCAACCUUGCCAACUAACCUCACAUUCUGAGCCUCAUCUUUGAAUGCUAUGUAUACGGAAAAUUAUUGAUGUUUUAAACUUAUAUUUGUGUCUCGCGAUUGUUUAGCUAAGUUUUCAAAAUGCCUUACAAGUGCUGCGUUCCUAAUUGUGUUGGUGAUUACGGGAAGGGUGCGAAGGUACACGUAUUUUCGUGUCCACUGAACGAAAACUGUCGUAAAAGAUGGCUCAAUGCAAUCCCUCGUAGUGAUUUAGUGGUUACAAAAUACACCCGAGUAUGUAAUUUGCACUUUGCUGAGGACAGCAUCAUUUGGGAAUCCACCUUCCAUGACGAAAAGACAGGACAUAUCACGCAGAAGAAGCCGAGAUGAGAAAUUGAGGGACCAGGAACAAGAACAACUACUUAAAG